AUGAAGAAAGACUGCAAGAUGGUUGACAGGAUCGCUAAUUUCGGUGGGAAUUCGAGAUUUUGUCUGCAAUGGAAGCGCCCGUUGGAAGCUGGGCAGGAGGUCGAUGAGAUGAUUGGAUUAUGCAGCCUGCUUAUUAAUUUCGAGUUAAAAGAUGAUAUAGAUAAAUGGGUUUGGACAGGAUCAGUGGAUAAACAAUUCAGUGUGGGAUCGGUUAAGGAGCUUUUGACUAAAAUCCUUGGAUCACAGGGGAUAUAUAUUCCGAGCAGGUGUAGAUGGGUCCCUCGGAAAUGCAACGUAUUUAUAUGGAGACUCAGUAUGGACAGGCUUGCUUCAAAGGAUGCGCUCAAGAAAAGGAAUAUAGACAGGGGGGAUCAAGUAUGCGUGCUUUGUGACGAAGAGGAUGAAACUGUCGAACACUUAUUUACUUCGUGUUAUAUUGCGUUGACACUUUGGUCUAUUGUGAGCAUGUGGUGCAAGAUCCCUUUGAUCUUGGCUUUUUCGGUGAGGGACCUUCUGGAAUCGCACGAAAAUAUUGGUCUCAAAGGGAAGAAAAAAGAAGUCAUACAAGGUAUCGUAAGAGUCGGGUGUUGGAGUAAUUGGAAGGCUAGGAAUGAGGCUAGAUUUAACAACAAACCUGCGAAAUUGGAGGGGAUUAUUAGGGAGAUCAAAUCGAUCUUAAAAAAUGAUGAGAUGGGUUUGAAUGGUGGUGGUGAUGGCAUAAAAAAAGAAGCACUCGUGGAAUUAAGUUCACUUUUUCCUAAGAUCUUCACCAUUGUGGUGUCAGAUCCUUUUUAG